AGGCCGGCGGCGUGGGUGGCGCUGCUGCUGGCGGCGGUCGCCGCGCAGACAACGGAGCCGUACUCAUCGGAGCCCAUCGAGUCGCGCAUCGUGCGCAAGGUGCUCGAUAACGGCACGAUCGUCGAGUACGAGUACCUCUACUACUAUGACUACGAGGACGAGCCCACCGCCAACACGCUCGACUUCGAAGACAACUUCGCCGAGGAGGUGGUCACGGAGGCAGCGACGGAGCCUCCCACGACGACCACGACCACGACGACCACCACCACCACCACGACGGAGGCGCCGACCACGACAACUGAGGAGCCGACCACGCGGCGCUCGCGGCGCCCGCCGCUGCGUGAGGUCAUUGACAACGAGGUGACAGAGCGCACGCCGGGGGGGAUCAGCGUGGGUCGCGUCGGCCGUCGGCUGACGGGUGGGCGCGGCACGAACCGCCGGCGGGGACGGCCCAGUUUAUCCUUCACCGCCGCCCCCAGCACUGAGGAGCCCACCACCACCGAGGCGCCCACCACCACGACAACCACCACCACCACGACCACGACCGCUGCGCCCACCACUGCCUCCGGGACGAGCAGCGGAAUUUUAGAUGACUAUUACGAUUAUCCCUACUCAGAAUAUUACGACUACCCCUACUUUGAUGAGGAGGAAGUUGAGGCCAGCGCCGUGGCGGGUGAAAAACCGUCUAGCGUGUCCCACGACCAGUCUGUCCUGCCGGCCGAGUCGGAUGCCGCUGAGACGACCACGGUCGGAGCCGUCACCGAGUCCACCACUCCUGCGGACAGCGGCGCCACCGAGACCUCCGACACCUCCAGGCUGUUCCCUGGGGGAGCGGUCGACAGGAGCGGCGAGGCUAGUCUGUUCCCGGUCGGCCUGCCGGCCGCCGAGCCAGAUGUCACGACCAAUCCCACUGGUCUGUUCCCUGGUGGUUCCGACGCCACCACCGCUAGCUCCAAUGACUUGUUCCCAGCCCGCCCCGCUGACCUGUUCCCCUCUGUCCGAGGCCGUGAUCGCGAGGCCACGUCAACUGCCUCGAGUCGGGACGAGGAGCCGGCUUCAACUGUGCCUAUCUUCGACAACGAGGUCACAUCCACCGCUCGCAGCAGCACGGAAGACGCUCUCUUCUCCAUCUCUUCCAACGACUUGCCGGUCACGACGGUUUCCAGUACAGAGGAGGAGUCGAUUCCGGCGGUGAGCAUUCGCGGAGAGGAGGUGGCCCCCGCUCUCCCCAUACGCCCGGCGUCUCGCGGUCGCCUGUCGCGCCCGAGCCGACCCCGUCUAUCCCGGCCGUCUCUGUCGUCCGGCCGCGCGCCGCCUCGCAACAACAUCGAGGCGAGCGUCCUGGGAAACAUUCUCGGUCGGCCUGUCGACGAGUCCGAGCUCGAGCUCCAGCCCGAGCUUGGGUUCGAGCUGGAAGAGGAGAAGGCCCAGCUGGAAGAGACGACGACAACGACAACCACCACCACCACGCCGGCCCCGUCGGGUCGGGGACGCGGUCGGUUCCGUGGGCGUGGGCGUGGUCGUGGUCGCACGUCCGUCGCCGCUGCCGAGCAGCCCGCUCCGGCACGCACACCCACACGGUCCCGUGGCAGGUCCCGUCCCGCGCCGGCGCCGACGUCGGCGCCGACGCGCAGUCGCUCGCGCGGUAACCGCAUCCGCACGCCUGCUCCCGAGACGCUGCCGGAGCUGGAGGAUCCGGUCAUACUGAGCAACGCGCGCCAGGGUCGCGUGCUGGGCCGUAGGCGUGGUGGCCCGAGACGCCAGUCGGUCGCCGAGCCGGCUGAGGUGAUCGCCGUCGCGGAAGAGCGUCUGCCGCCGCGCACGCGCUUCCCGCCGCGCGGACCCGCGGUCGCGCAGGCGGAGCCGCAGUUCGACGAGACCACUACGGAGUUCAACACGCCGGUGACGACCGAGUUCAACACGCCGGUGACGACCGAGUUCGCCGACGAGUUCGCUACGGACAUCGCCUUGGGAGAACUGGGCCAAGAUGCGCCGUUUGAGGACGAGGCGACCACCACGACGGAGGCUACGGCUCAGACGGAGCGGGACCAGUUCCUCUUCCUCGGAGAGGAACAACGGACCGGGUCUGCGUCCGGGUUGGAGACAGACUUGUUUGACGCCACGACGUUAACGCCGGAGCCCACAACAGAGGCCGGCUUCUUCGAGGCGUUCACGCGGGCCGAACAGGCCCAGAAGGUCGACUUCUCCGGGCUGCGGCCGCGACCUGACCAGAUCAUCGAGCUGACGCCUGAGCCGCCCCUCCCCACCGAGGCCGAGACGACCACGACGACCACCACCACCACCACGGAGGCGCCGGAGGAGGAGACGCGACGCCCGGGCCGGCCGCGCGGCCGCGGCGGUCUGAGAGCGGGCCGCCGCCUGCCGGCCAGCCUCCGGCGCGGCGGCCAGCAGGACGUCGAGUCCAAGCCCGUCGUCUCUAGGCCGCCGUCGAUCCGCACUCGCCGGCCGCCGCGCCCAGGACGCCGGCCGGCCCCGGAGCCGGAGGUUGUGGAGGAGGAAGUCGCCGAGGAGCAGGUCUCGGAGGACGCUGCCGCGCCGGAACCGGCGGAGGAGGAGGAGGUCGCGGCUCCCGCGCGUCGGCCGCGCAUCAGGCCCGGAGGCCUGUCCCGACGCCCGCGCCCCAGCAUCUCUCGCCUGGGCGGCCUGCGCGGUCGCCGCGGCCGCGGCAGGAGGCCCGCAGUCGAGGAGCCGGAGGAGGUCACCGAGCCCGAGCAGGCGCCCGAGCAAGCGCCCGAGCCCACGGCCGCGCCCGUCGCCGAGACGCCCGAGACGGAGGCACCAUCACGCAGGCGUGGCCCCUCGGGGAGAUCGCGUCCGCGCCGUCCACGGCCCGGCGGACGGCCCUCUCGGCGACGCGGGCGACCCACGGCCGAGCCGGAGCCCGCGGCUGAGGCGCAGAACGAGAUCGAGGACGAGGUGCCGCAGGCGCAGCCGGAGCGCGCGCCUGAGGAGGCAGCGCCGGUCGAGGUCGAGGUCGAGGAGGCUCCCGCCCCUGCACCGAAGCGCGGACGGCCUGGUCGCCUGGGGCCUGGGCGCAGGGGACGUCGUCCGGGCGGCCUCCGCGGUCGAGGCGGCCGUAGGCGCCGGCCGGGAGCCGCUGCUGAAGAACCGGUCGAGGAAGAGGUCAAGGCGGAAACCGAGAUCGAGCCUGCGGCCGAGGCCACCGUCCUGGACGUCCCGCAGGAGGUUCCCCAGGAGGAGAUCGUCACCGAAGCGACGGUGGUGCCGACCAGGCGCGGCCGUCCCGGGCGCCUCGGGCGUCCUGCGCGCCCGGGGCUGCGGCCGCGAGGUCGACCCGGGCUGAGGAGACCUGGCCGUCUGCCGCUGCCCUUGGCCAGGCAGCCGGCCGCGGAGGAGCCCGAGGCCGAGACGCCCGCCGAGGAGGUCGCCGAGGAGGCCGCUGAGGAGGUGCAGCAGGCUCUCGAGGAGGCCGUCCCUGAGGAGCCCUCGUCUGUGGUGGAAGAGGAAGAGCAAAACGAAGUGGAAGAGCCCGUGAGGGGACGGGGUCGCCGUUUCCGAGGCCGAGGCGCGCUGGGCCGCCGUGGGAACAGAGCCCCACCCCGCGCGUCCUCAGCAGGGCGGAGGUCUCGAAAGAGGACCCAGGCAACGACAGCGGCGCCCGAGGUGCGCGAGGAAGAAACCGAGGAGUCCAACGCCGUGGAGGAUGAGCCGGCGCCGUCGAGGAGACGCGGUCGCGGCGGCUUCCGGCCCCGCUUCUCGCGCGGUCAGGCUGACCCCGUCGUAGGCAGCAACGCUAUCACCGGCCGCGGGCGUCGGCCGUCCCGACGUCGCGGUGGCUCGCGCAGGGGACAGGCCGCUGCACCGGAGGUUGUCGAGGUCACCACAACCACCACCACCACUCCAAUCCCCGAGGUCAGCACUGAGGCAGACAUCGAAGUUGCGGAAGAGCAGGUCAUCACGGACGCGGCGAUUGAGGACAUUGGCUCGCUCGAGAACGCAAUCCCCGAGGAGAACGGUACAGAGGGCAGCGCAGACUUCGCUUCAUUCACGGAGGGGAUUUUCGAGGGUGACGCAACGACAGCUGCUGGACUCGAGCAGGACGCUGAGGUCACCGAGACUGACGCGACCGUGAGCGCCGAGACGCCGGCCGAAGAACCAACCACCAUCGAGGCGAUCGCAGACGAGAGGAUUACCACAGAGUUCAUUCCUGAAGAGCCGACGACUCCUGAGCCUUCCAUUCGUGGGAGACUGAGGGGAGGGAGGCGCGGUCGCAGACUGGGACGACCCGGUCGCAGGCGCAUUUCCCCCAAUGCCGUCCAAGCACCCGUGGCUGAGGUGGCUGAUGAAACGGAAAGUUCACCGGUUCGGCCAAUCAGGACGAGAGGUCGUCCCUCUCUGCGUGGUCGACCCACUCGGCCUGAGCCCCAAGAGGCUGAAGAAGUCGCCGUCGACGAAGCUCCUGUCGGAAGACCUAGGGGCAGAGGGCGUCCCCUUCUGCCAGCCCGCAUUGUUGCUACCGAGGCCGAGGAAAUAGCCGAGGAGGAAUCACCAGUUGAGCGUCCGAGGUCCAGGGGCGCCUCCACCAUUCGCCGCCGGAUAAAUGUCCGUAGGCCAGCAGUCGCUGGGGAAGAGACCAGCAGGGUGAGCCGGCCCCGCGGCCGGGGCCGUCGUCCGCUGCGACCAGCUGCGAUCGAAACCCCCGAGGUCAUCAGCGAGCCCGAGGUUGCCGACGAACCCGAGGUCACCACUGAAGACGAGGCCCCCGAGGAGACGCCGAGGGUCAGAAGCCGACCUUUGCUGCCCUCGCGCCGGGCAUCUCAAGAGCCCGAGAGCGCCACUGAACAACAGGAGCAACAGGAGGCCCCAGUGGGUCGGCCGCGCGGCAGAGAACGACGGCCAUUCCUGGGCCUGCGACCUGGGGCCAGGAGGCGUGGAUUUCUCGGCCUCGCCUCACCGGGGCGGACGCAGCCACCCGCAGUAGAGGAACCGGCGGACGAGCCGGAGGAGGAGCAGCCCGUGGAGGAGCAGCCCGUGGAGGAGCAGCCCGUGGAGGAGCAGCCCGUGGAGGAGCAGCCGGCCGAGGAGCAGCCCGUGGAGGAUACCAAGAGUGCCGAUGAGGCCCGGCCGUCACUGACGGGGCCAGGCUCCCGCCAGCUGCGGUUCCGCACGCGAGGCGAGGCAUCGCUGCCCAACAGGAGUUUGCCGCCAGUGAUCGGCGGCCGCAGCGUCCUGAGUCGGCCCGGCGGCGGGCGCCGCCGGCGCCCGCUCUUCGCCCGCCCGCCGGCCGCGGAGGUGCCCGUCGAAGAGGAGCUCGAGCUGACCCCGCAGACGGAGAUCCGGCAGCUGACCGCGGAGAGCGAGCCGACGCCGGAGCUGCCCGCCGAACAGGAACGCCCCGAGGCACCGGUGGAGAACGAGCCCGCCCUCGAGGAGCCGGGCGCGGAGGAGAGCCCGGCGCCGGCCGGGGAGGCCACUACCCUGCCGCCCUUGUUCCGGCGCCCGUUCAGCGGGGGUCGGCAGCGGGGCACUGGGCGGCGCGGCUUCGUGCCGGGCACGCGGCGCCGCGGCAGCCGGCCGGGCGGCGAGCGGCGCAUCACCUCACUGCUCGCGCGCUCCGACUCGCCAGUGCAGGCCAUCCUGCUGCCUACGGUGCCGCCGCCGGCCUCCACCGAACCAGUCCCGACCGAGGAGGUCCCCGCGGAGGAGGUUCCUGUGGAGGAGACCGUGGCUUUUGAAGAUGCGGCCGCUGUCGAAGGAGGCGCCGCCGAAGAGAGCGCUGUCACCGAAGAGGAGCAGGAGCUGCUGUUGGUAGUCGAGGGUGAGAGAGUAGAGCAGCUGGAGGACGCGGUGGAGGGGUCUGGAGCGGCGAUGGAAGACGAGCAGCAGGGAGAGUCUCCGGUGGUGGUGGAGGCGGCGCCGGCGGCGGAGGAGCCGGCGGCGGAGGAGCCGGCGGCGGAGGAGCCCGCGCCGCGACCGCGGUCGAGGGCCUUCCGCCCCAGCCGGGCCGGUCGCAUCGGCCGGCCGUCGCUCUUCGAGAAGCUGCAGGGCCGGCCCGCCCGGCCGUAAGCGCGUGACCCCAGACGAGGUCGCGGCAGAGCGACCCCACCGGAGCCGCUGACGGCGCCCCGGGGGUGGGAGGGGAGGGGGGCUGCUCGCGGCGGCCGCGAGACGUCAGGCACAGCGGUAUCGACCGCACGCCCGCUGGAGUGUCAGCCCGGUCCGAGGACAGGAUGGAGGAGAGUCGAGGCGAGCGGCGAGUGGUCGGGUGACAAAUCAAAGAUGGCCGCCGCCCACGGCGGCCCCGGCACGGCGUCGGGGCGCCAUCGUGUUCAUCCCCGAAACAUCAUCCGUGUAUGUUUACGUGCGUGGGUGCGUGUGUUGAGCGUCGUCCCCUAGCGCUAGAGGCGCGUGGCUGUAACUGUACGUUCGGCGUGAGCUCGAGCUGCAGAGUGAGACUGUCCGAUGACCCGCGCUCCCAGCGCCGGCUGUCAGGCGUGCAACAUAGUUCCAAGCAGUACUGAAGUGAGCGUGGCAGCGACAUCUUGUGUAAUUCAGUGCCAUUUUGACAUGAUCAUUGACGUGUGAGCGAGAUCGGUGCAUCUGAGAGGCAUGGUAUUCGAUGACAAUACAUAAAUGUCGCACAAAA